ACACCCACCUCUUUUUAUUCACACUCCGGCCGCCUCUCGCUCUUCCGGUCUUCCCCCAUCUCCGUGAAACCAACGCCCCCCAGCCCAGCGGCCGCGCGAAUGGAGGUUGCUGCGGCGAAGCAACUCCUCCCCAUGGCGCUGGGCCCCAACUCCCCGUCGUCCUCCACCUCCUCCUCCUCUCCCUCGUCCGCCGCCGCCGCCGCCUCCUCCCCGUCGCCGCGCCAGCAGCACCCCCACGCGCCCGCGCCGCCGUCGCCCACGCCCAGGCCCGUGCCGCGCAUCAUCGACACCACGCCCUUCCCCACCACCUUCGUGCAGGCCGACACCGCCAGCUUCAAGCAGGUCGUCCAGAGGCUCACCGGCUCCGACACGCCGCCGCCGCCCCACAAGCCCGUCAAGAGCUACCCCCACCACCACGGCAGCGGGCCCAAGAAGCCGGCCUUCAAGCUGUACGAGCGCCGGAUCGGCAAGAGCAACCUCAAGAUGAUCGCGCCGCUGGCGAUGGCGGCGGCCGCGGCGCCGCCUGAGGCGCUGUCGCCCAGCGUGCUCGACUUCCCGUCCCUGGCGCUCCGGAGCCCCGUCACGCCGCUGCUGCCCGACCCCUUCAACCGGUCGCAGGGCGCGGAGGAGGACGAGGAGGCCGCCGAGCGCGCGGCCAUCGCGCGGACCGGCUUCUUCCUGCACCCCUCGCCCAGGGGCGCCGAGCCGCCGCCGCGCCUGCUGCCGCUGUUCCCCGUCACGUCCCCCCGGAUGGCGCAGUGACGACCCCCCCCUGCCGCAGAAUUUCCUAGUACCGCGUCCGCGUGAGAUAUACUUUAUUGCU